AUGUCAAACUACUACGGGCAGGGCAACGCCGCUCCCCCUUACGGCGCUGACGCGGGCGGCAGCAGCGGCGCGCAAAAUCUCCAGUUCUACCCCUCGACCUAUGCGCCGGGCGUGGGCGUCUCGGGCGCCGCGACGCCCCAGCAGGCGGCCUACGGCUUCACGGGCGGCAGCGUCGGCGGCAGCGUGGGCUUUGGGGGCAGCGCCGCGCAAAACGGCUUCUCAUCGGGCGGCUUCGGCGGCGCGGGCGUCUCGGGCCGCAUGGGCGAGCACGGCGGCUUGCGCACCGGCUGGCUGGCAGCCUUUUCCACAGAGGGCUACGACGGAGAGCCGCCGCUGCUGGAGGAGCUGGGCGUCAACUUUGGUCACAUUCAAUCCAAGACGCUGGCGGUAUUGAAUCCCUUUCGACACAUUGACCAGCACAUCAUGGACGACUCGGACCUGUUUGGCCCCAUGUUCUUCUUCCUCCUCUUUGGCUUCUUUCUGCUCUUCUCCGGCAAGGUCCACUUUGGCUACAUCUACGGCCUCGCCCUCCUCGGCUCCACGUCACUUCACAUGAUCCUGUCCCUUAUGUCUCCCGCUGGCGACGACGGCCCCUCCUCCUUCCACGGCCCGUACGGCGGCGAGGCGCCCCCGCCCAGCCAAGGUUCGUCCCAGCACGGCGGCCACUUCUCAGCCACGCUGACAUUUCCGCGCUCCGCGUCCGUUCUGGGCUACUGCCUCCUGCCGCUCGUCGUUACCAGCAUGUUUGGCGUCGUCAUGCCCAUGGACACCCCGCUCGGCAUCAUCGUCACCAGCUUCGCCAUCAUGUGGAGCACCUACAGCGCCAGCGGCAUGUUCUGCGCCGUCGGCCGCAUGAAGGGCAUGCGUGCCCUCGUCGCCUACCCUCUCGCCCUCUUCUACGUCGGUUUCGGUAUCAUGGGCAUCUUUAGCAGCCGUGGUAGCGGUUCCCUCGCCAACGCGGCGGCCAAGCUCAACAAUUCCUGA